AUGUCCGAGCCAAAGCGACGAAAAGUCGAUUUUGAAAACAGGAUAUUUCAAGCAAAAUGGACUGAAGAUUUUUUCUUUAUUCUUCCACCUCAUAAAAAUGCGAAACCAACGUGUCUAAUUUGCAACGAAACAGUUGCUGCGUGUAAAGCAGCAAAUAUAAGUCGUCAUUAUGAGACUAAACAUUUGAAAAAAUAUGACAAAGAUUUUCCAAAGGGUUCUUCACUGAGAAUUGAAAAAAUUAAUAUCCUUCGUUCAUCAUUUGAGCAUUCUCAAAUAAUAAUGAAACGCUCAACGUCUGACCAGGAAAAAUGCACUGAAGCAUCUUUGCGUGUUGCAUGGAUUUUGGCUAAACAUAUGGUGGCAUUUUCAUAUUCUGAGGUAGUUAAAGAAUGCUUGAUACAAGUCUCAAAUGCAGUUUUCAAUAAUAAAAAAGAAAUUACUGAAAUGUUUAACAAAAUUCCAUUAUCUCGUGAUUCUACGAUUCGUAAGACCGAAAUUUGCGCAAAAUCAGUUCGUGAGAGUAUAUUGGCUGAUCUUACUAAAACACAGUUUUUCUCACUUGCGAUUGACGAAUCUACAGACAUAUCUGAUGUAGCACAAAUGGCUGUGUUUGAAUUUAUGAAUAAUAAUAACCUCUCAUACCAAAAAAUUCUUUCGGUAGUUACUGAUGGUGCACCAGCAAUGAUUGGGAAAACAAAUGGUUUUGUAACACUUUUGAAGCAAAUAAAUUCUAAAGUCAUUUCAUUACACUGCAUAAUUCACCAAUCAGUUCUUUGUGCAAAGCUUUCAAAUGAUUUAAAAAAUGUCAUGAAUACAGUAAUGAAAAUUAUCAAUUACUUAAAAUCUCACUCAGCAUUACAACAUCGCUUACUCCGAGCUUUUCUCGAAGAAUGUAAUUCUGAAUACACAGAUCUUCUUUUGCAUAACGAUGUUCGCUGGUUGAGCAAGGGAAAUGUACUCAAAAGAUUAAUAACUUUGCUAAGUGAAAUUUCAGAUUUUCUCAAAAGUAGAAAUACAAAAACGGCUACCGAAUAUUAUGAAUUUCUUUGCAAUGCAAAUAAUACUGCUAAAUUAUGCUUUUUGUGUGAUAUGUUCUCACAUAUUAAUGACCUGAAUUUAGCUUUGCAAGGAAAGGGAAAACUGAUUUGUGAUAUAUGGGAAAAAAUUAAAGCUUUCCAAAGAAAGUUAAAACUAUUUGAAAAUGAUUUGAAUUCUAGAGAGCUGAUACAUUUUCCGUUAUUAAAAGCACAUUUUGAAAGCAAUGAAAAAAUUCCACAAUUUAAGGAAUACGAGCGCUUUUUGAAAGAUAUGCAAACUGAAUUUGCUUCCCGAUUUACAGAUUUUGGACAGAUUGACGACUUAUUAAAAGCAAUGCAAAGCCCAUUCAGUCUUGAAACAAAUGGUAAUUGGGUUAAUGCAGCAGUGCAACUGUUUACUCUCGAAAAAGCUAAACUGCAACUUGAAAUUAUUGAAUUUCAAGAGAGUAAUGUGCUGCGAGAGAAAUUUGCCGAAACAGAUAUUACACAAUUUUGGAUAGACACACUCCCUGAACAAUCUUAUCCAAAUCUAAAACAAAUGGGUACUUUGUUAUGUACAAUGUUUGGAUCCACAUAUGUUUGUGAAGCAGCAUUUUCAAAGAUGAACAUAAUAAAAAAUAAAUAUCGAAAUCGAAUCACAGAUAACCAUUUACGCGACUGCAUGUUAGUGGCCAAUACCACUUACGAACCGAAUUUCACAAAACUAAGCCAAGACGGAAAAGCUCACUUUUCACAUUAA